GUUCCUGCAGUGUCUUGUCACAAGAUUCUCACCUUCGCUGCUCUAGUAGAAGUUUCUCACUUCGCUUUAGUCACCUCUUCUCGCUUCGGUGUCUCUCGUAUCUCUUCCCUGCUCGCGUGCAGUCAGCGGCGGUAACCCGCUGUUCUACGAAGUAAACAACGAAUCUAUUAAACUCACGCCUUACCACCCCUCCGUCACGGCCUUUGGACUCCAAGUCGUCACCGGCAGCAUCGCCGCACCUGCGAACAGCUUCACAGAAAACGAAUUCGAAUCUCGAGGCAAGGCCGGGCUCCCAUCCCCCGCUGUGGAAGCGCGCUCGCCAUGCGGCGCCCCAUCGACUUGGGCGCGGCGGACGGCGCGGGAAGCCGGCGCCGCCUUUGGCUCGGUCCGCUGUUAGUGCUGACGUGUCUCGCCGCGAUUUCUCCCGUCCGCUGUGUGCCCGACGCCGCCUCCCAAAUGCAACUCCUGGUGGACUUCCAGCAGGCGUGGGGACGGACUUUCCCUGGGUGGUUGGCUGGGGGGAGCUGCAGCACUGCCGCGAAUGUGACGUGCGAUGCCCAGGGCAUGAUUACCAAAAUGCAACUAGACUACCAACGUUUAACCGGAUCCAUCCCGUCUACUAUCAGCAGCAUGAUUAAACUGACUCACCUAGAUCUCUAUGGGAACCUUCUUAAUGGCUCGAUACCCUCAGGCAUUGCCAAUCUCCUCAAUCUGGGCUAUUUGAAUCUGGGAGGUAACGACUUCACUGGGUCCAUUCCGCCUGGCAUUAGCAACCUGAGAAGCCUCACUUUCCUGAAUUUGAAAUUGAAUGCCUUGACUGGGUCGAUUCCAUCUACCAUCGGCAGCAUGAGCAGCCUCAAUCACCUAAAUCUAGGAUUGAAUGACUUGACUGGGUCUAUUCCAUCUACCAUCGGCAACAUGAGAAGCCUCACUCGCCUAAAUUUGGCUUCAAAUGCCCUCACAGAGACCAUCCCAGAGUCCCUUGGGAACCUCAUCAACUUGAAGAAUUUAUACCUGUACUACAACAAUUUAACGGGCAGCAUUCCAGACUCCCUCAGCAAGCUCGUGAAUCUUGCAGAACUGGAUGUCAGCGAAAACAAUCUCACCGGCCGCCUCCCUCCGACAAUCGGCAGUCUUACCCGACUUUCGUUCUUGGACGUAUCUGGAGGUGCAAUCACAUGCCCAUCUGUCAACAGCAGUUGCGUGGUCCCACAGACACCUUCAAGCGCUUUCUGCCAGCGGUGCAGCUCCUUCUGCACAACUUGUGGCAAGUCACCACCUGCACCCCCGUUCCCAGCACCACCCUCUGCUCCACCCUCCUCUGCUCCACCCUCCUCUGCUCCACCCACAUCCGCUCCGCCCACAUCCCCCCAAAUGCAACUCCUGCUGGAAUUCCAGCAGGCGUGGGGGCGGACUUUCGCCGAGUGGGUGGCUGGGGGGGACUGCAACACUGCGGAGAAUGUGACAUGCGAUGCGCAGGGCAUGGUCACCAGCAUGGAUCUAAAUAACAAGGGCUUAACCGGGUCCAUCCCAUCUACUAUCGGUAGCUUGGUCAGCCUGACUUUCCUAGAUCUCUAUGGGAACGAUCUCAGUGGCUCGAUACCCUCAGGCAUUGCCAAUCUCCUCAAUCUGCGCUAUUUGAAUCUGGGAAGCAAUGCCUUGACUGGGUCGAUUCCAUCUACCAUUGGCAGCAUGAGCAGCCUCACGUUUCUGGGUUUAGGCUCGAACGCCCUCUCGCAGACCAUCCCAGAGUCCCUCGGGAGUCUCGUCAACUUGGAGGCUUUAUACCUAUACAACAACAGUUUAAGUGGCAAUAUUCCAGACUCCGUCAGCAAGCUUGUAAAUCUCGAGAACCUGGAUGUCAGCCUAAACAAUCUCACUAGCAGCCUCCCUCCAACAAUUGGCAGUCUUACGCGUCUAUCAUUCAUGGUCAUAUCUGACACUGCAGUCAAAUGCCCACAAGACUACAGCACCUGCAUGGUCCCACAGACCAAUUCAACUGCUUUCUGCGUCCAGUGCCCUGACUUCUGCAACACAUGUGCCACAGCACCACCCUCUGCUCCACCCUCAUCUGCUCCACCCUCAUCUGCUCCACCCUCAUCUGCUCCACCCUCCUCUGCUCCACCCUCCUCUGCUCCACCCUCCUCUGCUCCACCCUCCUCUGCUCCACCCUCCUCUGCACCACCCUCUGCUCCACCCUCAUCUGCUCCACCCUCAUCUGCUCCACCCUCAUCUGCUCCACCCUCCUCUGCUCCACCCUCCUCUGCUCCACCCUCCUCUGCUCCACCCUCCUCUGCUCCACCCUCCUCUGCUCCACCCUCCUCUGUUCCACCCUCAUCUGCUCCACCCUCAUCUGCUCCACCCUCCUCUGCUCCACCCUCCUCUGCUCCACCCUCCUCUGCUCCACCCUCCUCUGCUCCACCCUCCUCUGCUCCACCCUCAUCUGCUCCACCCUCCCCACAACCGCUGUCCCGCCAAAUGCCACUCCUGCUGGACCUCCAGCAGGCGUGGGGGCGGGCUUUCCCUGGGUGGGUGGCUGGGGGGAGCUGCGGCUUUGCCAGGCAUGUGAAGUGCGAUGGCCAGGGCAUGAUCACCAGCAUGAUUUUAAAUAACCAGGGCUUGACGGGAUCCAUCCCAUCUACUAUCGGCAGCAUGGUCAGCCUGACUUACCUAGAUCUCUAUGGGAACAAUCUUAGUGGACCAUUACCAUCAGGCAUUGGCAAUCUCCUCAAUCUGAGCUAUUUGAAUCUAGGUUAUAAUGCCUUGACGGGGUCUAUUCCAUCUACCAUUGGUGGCAUGAGCAGCCUCACUUACCUGAGUCUGAGCUCGAACUCCAUCUCGCAGAGCAUCCCAGAGUCCCUCGGAAACCUCAUCAACUUGAGUGAAUUAUUGCUCUCGGACAACAGAUUAAGUGGCACCAUUCCAGACUCCAUAAGCAAGCUCGUUAAUCUCAUCGAUCUUUCUCUCAGCCAAAACAAUCUCACCGGUGGUCACCUCCCUCCAACAAUGGGUGGCCUUACCCGUCUUGAAUUAUUAGCCAUUUCUGGGACAGCAAUCACAUGCCCACUGGACUACAACACCUGUGUGGUCCCACAAAAUAUUUCAACUGCUUUCUGCCAGCUAUGCCCUUCCUUCUGCAACACAUGUGCCACGGCACCAUCAUCUGCUCCACCCCCCUCUGCUCCACCCUCGUCCCUCCAAAUGCAACUCCUCCAGGACUUUCAGCAGGUGUGGGGGAGCAGUUUCACCGGGUGGGUGGCUGGGGGGAACUGCAGCACUGCCGCGCAUGUGACAUGCGAUGCACAGGGCAUGGUCACCAGCAUAGAUCUCAGUCUCCAAAGCUUAGCCGGAUCCAUCCCAUUUACCAUCGGCAGCAUGGUCAGCAUGAGCUACCUGUAUCUAGGUUAUAAUGCCUUGACUGGGUCUAUUCCAUCUACCAUCGGCAGCAUGAGCAGCCUCAAGCUUCUGGAUCUCAAAGGUAAUGACUUGACUGGGUCUAUUCCAUCUACCAUCGGCAGCAUGAGCGGCCUCACGUUCCUGAAUUUAGGAUGGAACUCCCUCUCACAGAGCAUCCCAGAGACCCUCGGGAACCUCAUCAACUUGCAGGAGUUACACCUUUUCACCAACAGCUUAAAUGGCAGCAUUCCAGACUCCUUCAGCAUGCUCAGAUCUCUUGCAGUACUGGAUGUCAACCAAAACAAUCUCACCGGCCGCCUUCCUCCAACAAUCGGCAGGCUCACCCAUCUUUCGCUCUUGAACAUAUCAAACACCACAAUCACGUGCCCAGAAGACUUCAGCACCUGCAUGGUCCCCCAGCUCAAUUCAAGCGCCCUUUGCCGGCAGUGCCCUUCCUUCUGCUCCACCUGUGCCAAUUCACCACCGGCACCAUCCUCUCCCUCCCAGCUUCAACCCGGAGCCUCUCCCUCCCAGUCUGGAGGCGGCCUGUCAGUGGGUGCCAUAGCUGGCAUUGCUGCUGCUGGUGGUGUGGCGAUCCUCGUGCUGCUGCUGCUGGGUCUGAUGGAGUUCAAGCGACGGUGCACCAAAGGGGCAGCAGCAAGAGGAGAUGGGAAGGUCUUGGCAGCUGAAAGUGCACUCCAAGGAGCACACCACGAGACGCCAGAUCCAGAGGCAGGAUGGGCGGCAGCAGCAGCAGCUGCUGCAGCAGUAGCACGAGGGGGACAGGAUGGUGGUGCUGUGGUGGACAUGGAGGCAGCACGGCCCGAUGUUUUUCGGGAAUAUUCUCUAGCUGCAUUGGCAGAAGCUACAUCGGAUUGGGCAGAGGAGAACCGGAUUGGAAGCGGCAGCUUUGGGGAUGUAUACAAAGGGGUGUCUCCCUAUGACCUCACUCAAGCCUGGGCAGUCAAACGAGCUCGAGUGCUCACCAACGAUUUCCAGACAGAGAUGAAGGAGAUGGCAAGCAAGCACCACCCUCAUCUCGUGCGCCUUCUGGGCUUCUGCAUCGACUUUGACCCGUCCACACGAAAGAUGGAGCAGAUUCUGAUAUAUGAGCUCAUGGAGAAUAGGGAUCUCGAGAGCUGGAUUGGACCUGGUGUCUCCAAUCCCCUUUCUCUGCGGCAGCGGCUGGAUAUACUGAUUGGAGUAGCUAAGGGGCUGCUGUACCUGCAUGAUUUUGGCAUUGUGCAUCGCGACAUCAAGCCAGCCAACAUUCUCCUUGAUGCAAAAAUGCAGGCCAAGAUAGCGGACUUUGGGCUUGUCAAGCUGAGUGGAGGCACCGCUAUGGGCACCUCGUCUGUGGCCGCCACUCGAGUGAUGGGCACACCAGGCUAUGUGGACCCUGCAUACUACAAGUCUCACAAGGCCACACCAGCAGCAGAUGUGCACAGCUUUGGAGUGGUGAUGCUGGUGGUCAUUACGGCACGCAAGGCGGUUCAUGUGACAGGGGACACCCAGAUCAACCUCAAGCAAUGGGUGGCUCCACUUGUGGCAUCCAGUGCUGUGACAGCAUUCAAGGACCCUGAUUUGGACGCACCGGAUGAUCUGGUGGUACGCUUGGCCCGCGUUGCCCUCUCCUGCACUGCCAUGCCCAGUGCCUCCCGCCCCGCCAUGAGCCAAGUGCUGGUAGAGCUGGUGAAGAUGAGGGAGGAGGUUUGGGGAGAACAGGUGAACAGGGUUGCAUCUCGUAUUGACAAUGAAAUUGACACCUCAGGCCGCGAGGACUUCAAUGCUGAGAUAGCUCGUGCGAAGAACAUAGGCUCGUUGAGUUCGUCUACAAGUGUGUAAAACAGGGCUUUUUCGUUAUACAUGGAACAUUGUCUUAUAAAAGGAACUGUUUGUUGAAGUGAGAAAAGUUGA